CUGGCGCUGCGGGCCAAGCCCACCGUGCGCAAGGAGCGCGUGGUGCGGCCCGACUCGGAGCUGGGCGAGCGGCCGCCCGAGGACAACCAGAGCUUCCAGUACGACCACGAGGCCUUCCUGGGCAAGGAGGACUCUAAGACCUUCGACCAGCUCACCCCGGACGAGAGCAAGGAGAGGCUGGGGAAGAUCGUGGAUCGAAUCGACAGUGAUGGGGAUGGCUUCGUCACCACUGAGGAGCUGAAAACCUGGAUCAAACGGGUGCAGAAAAGAUACAUCUACGACAGUGUCGCUAAGGUCUGGAAGGACUACGACCGGGACAGAGAUGACAGAAUUUCCUGGGAAGAGUACAAGCAGGCCACCUACGGUUACUACCUGGGAAACCCCGCGGAGUUCCACGAUUCUUCGGACCAUCACACCUUUAAAAAGAUGCUGCCGCGGGAUGAGAGGAGGUUCAAGGCCGCAGACCUGGACGGCGACCUGUCGGCCACCCGGGAGGAGUUCACAGCCUUUCUGCACCCCGAGGAGUUUGAGCAUAUGAAGGAAAUCGUGGUUCUGGAGACUCUGGAGGACAUUGACAAGGACGGGGACGGGUUUGUGGACCAGGACGAGUAUGUCGCCGAUAUGUUUUCGCACGAGGAGAACGGCCCCGAGCCAGACUGGGUUCUGUCCGAACGGGAGCAGUUCAGUGAGUUCCGGGACCUAAACAAGGACGGGAAGUUGGACAAAGAUGAGAUUCGCCACUGGAUCCUCCCGCAGGACUACGACCACGCGCAGGCCGAGGCCAGGCACCUGGUGUACGAGUCCGACAGGAACAAGGACGAGAAGCUGACCAAGGAGGAGAUCCUGGAGAACUGGAACAUGUUCGUCGGGAGCCAGGCGACCAACUACGGGGAGGACCUAACGAAGAACCACGACGAGCUUUGACGGGCGCUCCAGGACCGGCCGCUGGCGUGGCCUUCCGGACUCCGACGGCUCCCCGUCUAACGCAUGGCCAUCGUGUCCCCCCAAAAGCAAGGCUAUACGGUGUUCACAUUUGGGUAAUUCUUUUUCCCCCAUUCGGCAUUUACUAGGAAAUGGCCCUUACUCUUUCAGUCACAUUCCUCCAGACUGAAUUAAAAUCCUGGUAAAUUGCCAUUCUCUUUGGGGACAGAUCCAUUGCUAAGACGUGGCUACGUUUUGUCCGUUGAACUGAAGGGGAGUAAAACUUAGGAAGCCCUGUUAUUCAGAAGUCGGGCAGGCUUGGGGGGGCGAUACAUGGAGUGACGGCUGUGUAUUUUAACUGCCAGCUUUUUUAUCUGUCACUGUUACGUGGUUGGCGAGCGGAUUCUGACUAAGCCCUGCUGGUGUCCCCACAGCAGGUUAUUUCAGACCCCCUCCUCGACUCCGUACUUACUGCAGGCGGCAUGGAAAAGCUCUGGGCGUUUUUUCCCUAGAGACCUGCAACUGUGCACAAUAAAUCCACAUCUUUGUUCUUUUGUCUUUAUACUAAGAAGCAAUCAAGGAAGAUAAUGUGAAAAAGAAGGGAAUUUUACAGGUAGGGAAGGGUAAUGCCAGGCAUUUGAAGAACGAUCGGGAAAGGGUAAGACUGCAGAUAUACUUGAGAAUGCUUCCUUUACGUGUGAGUGAGGUAGGCCUGGUCUCUGAAGUAGCGGCUAGCAAUACCGCCCACCUCUGCCCAUCCCUGAUUGGAACGAGGCGGUGGGAUCCUGGCACACCAUGCUGGGGCUCUCGGGCGGGCCCUGACCAGCCCGGGGUCUCCACAGCCCUCGGACCUCGUCGGGGAUGGCUUCCGCCUUGGAAGUGGGACAGGGGGUCUCAGCCAUUGCCGGAACUGGCAGAAAUAAUCUGGGCAGGUUGAAAUUUCACCUUGUGAAAUGAAAGCGAAGGAAAUAAAGGACCCCCUGAGAUUCC